AUGGCCGAGGUGGAUGUUGCGCCGACCUUCGGCGCCGAGUUGAAGGAUGGCUUUCGGCCCGCCAGCGCAUGGGUUGCCAACGGCAUCGCCUGGCUGGACGACAUACAGCAAUAUUACCGCGAACGGAGCGCAAUCGAGAAGGAGUACAGCGCCAAGCUGAACGCCCUCGCCAAGAAAUACUUCGAAAAGAAGAACAAGAAAUCCUCAAGCCUCAGCGUCGGCGACACUCCGUCCAUGACCCCUGGCUCUCUCGAGAGCGCCUCGCUCACGACCUGGACUACACAGCUCACCACGUUGGAGUCGAGGGCCGGCGAGCACGAGCGAUAUGCGAACGACUUGGUCAACAAGGUCGCCGACCCUCUCAAGUUCUUCGGCGCCAAGUUCGAGGAGCUGCGCAAGCGCCACGUCGAAUACGCCGACAAGCUCGAGGCCGAGAGGGAUGCUUCGUACGCCGCCUUGCGCAAGACCAAGGGCAAGUACGACACGGUGUGCUCCGAGGUCGAGAGCAAGCGCAAGAAGUCCGAGUCGUCUUUCGACAAGGCAAAGGCCCAGAGCAACUAUCAGCAGCAGGUCCAGGAGAUGAACAACGUCAAGAACACCUACCUCAUAUCAAUCAACGUCACGAACAAGCAGAAGGAGAAGUACUACCAUGAAUACGUCCCCGAGCUCAUGGACAGUCUGCAGGACCUCUCCGAGUUCAAGACCUUGAAGCUCAACGCCUUGUGGACGAUGGCGAGUUCGCUCGAGUCCGGCAUGCUGCAGCAGAGCAAUGGCCUGGUGGAAACCCUCUCGCAGGAGAUCCAGCGCAACCAGCCGCAUCUUGACUCUAUGAUGUAUAUACGGCAUAAUCUGGGCUCGUGGCAGGAGCCCGCGGAUAAGAUCUUCGAGCCCAGCCCGGUCUGGCACGACGAUGAUGUCAUGGUCACAGAUGAGCCAGCCAAGGUUUUCCUGCGCAAUGUCCUGAACAAGUCCAAGGGCCAGCUGGGAGAGCUACGGCGAGAGGUCGACAAGAAGAGAAGGGAGGUGGAAGGCGUCAGGAGAAUAAAGCAGCGGAUACGUGAGGGCACGGAGAACAAGGACGAAGUUCAGGUCGUGACCCAACUGUUCGCCAUGCAGGAAGACCUCCACCAGGUGGACCGAAAACGCCUGACCGCCGAGGUCGAGACAUCCACAAUCACAUCCAAAGUGGGAGAUGUUACCCUGGGGGCCAAGAAUCACAACUUCAAGUCGCAGACCUUCAAGAUCCCUACCAAUUGUGACUUGUGUGGUGAGAGGAUAUGGGGCUUGUCAGCAAAGGGGUUCGACUGCCGAGACUGCGGCUAUACUUGCCAUAGUAAGUGUGAAAUGAAGGUGCCGGCCGAGUGUCCCGGUGAGUUGUCGAAGGAGGAGCGCAAGAAGUAUAAAUCGGAUAGACAGGCUGCGUCAGGUACGCUCUUGAAGCCUGCCGCAGGAGCGCCGGAUCAUGUAGCCGAGCUACCUGACCUCAGUCGUUCUAAUACCAUGAACUCUCUGAGCUCGGGCUACGCAGCGAGUGCUCACAGAUCCGUCACUGGACCGGCAUCCGGACCCAAGUCACCCGUUGAAGACACGCCACCAGAGCCCGGCCCAAGGCCGUCGGUGUCUUCUGCUGCUCGAAAGACGCGCUUGGUUGCUCCGCCCCCGACUGCCUAUAUCAGUGAACUGCCUGGCUCAUCGCUCAAUGGUUCCAGCAAACCUGAGCAGAAAGGCAAGAUGCUGUACACUUUCGAAGCGAACGGAGAGGGCGAGCUGUCCGUUCCUGAUGGGCGUGAGGUCGUAAUUCUAGAAACUGACGAUGGCUCAGGCUGGGUCAAGGUACGCGCUGGCUACAAAGAAGGUAUUGUACCCUCAAGUUAUAUCGAGGUCUUCCCAGCAGCCCCUGCGCCAAUUGUACCUCAGGAUACGGGCGGUUCAGUCAACCGUCCAGGGUCCACGUAUUCGAAUUCGGGCUCUUCUAUCGGGGGCCCGACCGUAAAGAAAAAGGGCCCCGCUGUUGCACCGCGUAGGGGAGCCAAGAAACUCAAGUAUGUCGUGGCUCUAUAUGAAUACUCGGCUCAGAGCGAUGCGGAACAUAGCAUGUCGGAAGGCGAUCGGUUCGUGUUGGUGAAGGAAGAUCCGGGAGAUGGUUGGGCCGAGGUCGAAAAGGGAGGAGUCACGAAGAGCGUUCCGGCAAGCUACGUUCAGCUGGAAUCCACGUAG